AGAACAAGACAUUGUAGGCCGCCAGAGCAGCCUAAAUGCCAUGAAAGAAAAAAUGAAGAAAUUCAUGGAAACUGCGGAUCCCUCAACCGCAUCUUCUUUAGAAGCUAAAAUGAAUGAGCUUUCCAAAAGGUUUUGCGAAGCUCAUAAUAAACAUAAGAAGAAACUAGAAGACAUGGAAAAGUUGAAGACCAGAGUAGAGUUGUUUGAGUGUCUGUCUGACAAACUUCAGUCGUUCUUCGACAAGAAAACACAAACCCUCAAUGAGGCUGAUAUUCCAGGAAAGGACGUUGCCGAAAUGUUCCUCUGUGUGCAGGAGACCAACACGGAAUUGAUGGAGCAGAAGAAAGAUCUUGAAGUUUUGCAACACCUCAUUGAAGAACUUUCUCCUCAUGCUCUACCAGGAGACAAGUCAUUAGUGUUAGAAAAAGUAAAUGUCUUGUCAAAGAAAUUCAGGGAAAUGGAAGAGAUGAUACAAGAAAAAGAGAAGGAUGUAUCCUCUUGCCAACAACAAAUUGAUGCAUUCAGGGGUUACGUUGACUCUCUGAAGAAAUGGAUAGAUGAAACGACAGAAAGAAUCCCCCCUAUACAGCCCUCUUUAAAUACUGAUAGCUUAAAGAAACAUUUGCAAAGCACCAAGGAAGAAGAACUAAGAAAAAGUGAGGAAGCCAAAUAUGCACACUUGAGUGAUGAACUACAUGUAUUAAUUGAAGUGUUUGCCCCUCCUGGAGAAGCUUAUUCGCGGAUGAGUCAUGCCCUGGAAGAAAUUAAAAAAUUUCUCGUUCCG